AUGAUCCGACUGGCCAAUCAGAAUUCGAAAGAGCACGAAACACAACGCUGGCAUAACUAUUUAAAUUUCCAGUUUUGCAAAAAAGGCUUUAUUCACGAACGCAAAAUUAUGAGGCUUCAUCCCACACCUAAGCUGACCAUCAAUUCAAACAACAUUGAGCGAAAGAGUGGGGGACACUGUGAUAAAAUUGAAUUAACAUUAGUGGAAAAUCUAUGGUUUGGGAUUCGAAAAAAAAGAUAUGGGCUAUCAUCUUCUUUAAGGAAAAAAGGAAAAACGACCCACCUAAUCAUGAACAGAAAAAUUGAACUUCCAGGUCAUAUAACAUUUUAUUUAAAAUUAAGAGGUGGUCAUACAUGCCUAUUCAUUUGA